AUGGAUCUACAAAUCGAAAGUUUAUCGCUAGAAGAAAAAGUGAACCUUAUCUUGAAGACGGUAAUAAAAACCGAGAAUGAGGAGCUAAAAAAGAGGGUCAAUCACCUGGAGAAUCAUCUCAACAGACUUGAAAAGAUGGCAAUACAAAAGAAUGUGUUUGUAUACGGAAUUCCCUCAGAUGAACAUGAAAAUGUGGAGAAUAUCGAGAAAAAAGUUUUGGAAGUGAUACACAGGAAUUUAGAUCUCCCAUCGAUUUCAGAAUUGGACCUGGAAAUGACUCGACGAAUAGGUAGAAAAGGCGAUAUCUUAGUAACAUUCUCAUCUCUCAAAGCAAAAAGCAAAGUUAUGCAAAAAUCUAAGAAUCUCAUGAAUACACCUUUUGCAAUAAGCCACCACUAUACCCAACAAGCAAGACAAGAAAGAAAAUUAUUGAACGGACACCUGGAAAAUGCCCUCAAAACAGGGCUGAGAGCCCAAAUUAAAAAUAAUCGGUUGGUGAUUGAUGACAAAACAUUCACCUUGGAGGAAUGUUCCACAUUGCCGGUGUUAACAGCGAAUUCAGCUGAUGAACCCGUCAGAGAAAACAUUCCAGGAAGAGUAGGAAGACCCAACACGCGCAGCAACUCGUCAGGAGAUCAUUUACUGAUGAGCCUACAUGAGCACACAUACAAACCAUAUGGGUCACCCUCAUUCAAGAAUUCUGAUGAAAUAAGGAUCGCCGUCAACUUUCAAGAUCUGAUUCUUGAUAUUUCUGAAAGUUACAUCUAUAUUGAGGGAAAAUUCACACCAAACGAUGCCACUAAAACCUGCUAUCUAUCUAAUAAUGCUCUAGCAUUCUUAUUCGAUGAAAUACGCUAUGAAAUGGGUGGCGAACAAGUAUGCAUGGUACGAAAACCAGGCAUCACUACUACCAUGAAGAGUAUGAUUUCUUAUGGAGAGAGUAAUAUGAAAUUCCUAGAGACAAUUGGAUGGGGCCUUGAUGGUGGCAAGCAGGUGCUUCUAGAUAAAGCUAGCAACGUUUUUAGCGGUAAACUACCCCUUAAAUAUCUGAUGGGGUUUGCCGAAGAUUAUUGUAGAGGUAUUUUGAAUAUCAAACAGGAGCUAAUACUCAUCAUAGCUCGCUCAUUCAAGAACUCAUAUAUUGGGGAAGUGGACGCCGAUGUGGAGAUUAACAAAAUUGAGUGGAAGAUAAGACAUGUGAUGCCAUCAGAUAAGCAGAAAUUGAAGCUAUUGACCCGUUUGAAUAAAAGUUCUACGGCAAAAGUGAAAAUUGCAUACAGGAUGUGGGAUCUGUAUGAGUUACCGACUAUUCGUGAUACAGCAUCUGACAUUUGGGCCGUUAAAACUACCAAUAGCCUCGAGCGGCCUCGAUAUAUCAUCAUUGGAUUCCAAAACACUGAUAACACUGAUAAUAGAUCUGAGGAUAUCACACAAUUCACCCAUGCAGGAGUGAGCAAUAUUCGCCUGUAUUUGAAUUCCGAAGUUUAUCCAUACGAGCGAUGGAAUUUGGAUUUCGAUAAGAAAUUAGAUGCAGUAGCCUAUUAUGCAUAUGACAACUUCCAACGUAGUUACUACGGCAAAGACAUGAGCGAACCAAUGAUGAGCAUCGAGGAAUUCCGAAAAAACCCACUAUUCAUCAUUGACUGCAACCACCAACCCGAUGCGAUGAAAUCCUCCACUGUCGACAUCAAAGUCCGACAGAGAUGCCAGCGCGUUCUCAGAGAAUCUAAGAAGAAGAAGAAGAAGCAUAGGAGAAGUUGA